AUGUUUCACAAGAAAUUGAAGGAAAAAGUGUGGGAGCAUGUGACAGCUAAUCUCUUUAGCAAUAAGACUCUGAAAUGUAAGCAUCUUGUUGGAAAUGCACUUAGUUCUGUGCUGCUCUUUGUUUUGCCUAGAAGCUUUUCCUUGCACAAAUUGGCAAUGUAAACUCUUUUGCAUAGUCCAAUUAAAUCCUGUUGGUAACUUGUCGGGGGGGGGGGGGGGGGGGGUUUUUUUUUUUUUUAAUGGUUCAAUGAGUCUGUUUCAUAAUGAAAGAGUUUGCCUGAAAGGAUCUUGGAGUGUUUUGCCUACGUCCUCUUGAAAAACUGACAUGGAGGAAAUACCCCAAUUUCUUCAGUCUAAAAUGUUUUGGAAUGUUUCAGCUAACCCUUCAGAGAGCGAAAAUGAAGCUCAGUCAGCCUUUUCACAGACUGAGCACAAUAUAGUCGCAGCUUACUUAAUAACAGCAGGGGUGAUAAGCCUUCUCAGUAACAUAAUUGUGUUAGGCAUCUUUGUUAAGUACAAGGAACUUCGGACAGCAACAAAUGCAAUUAUUAUUAACCUGGCUUUUACCGACAUCGGUGUUAGUGGCAUUGGUUAUCCUAUGUCUGCUGCUUCAGACCUACAUGGAAGCUGGAAAUUUGGGUACACCGGAUGCCAGAUCUAUGCUGCCUUAAAUAUCUUCUUCGGAAUGGCAAGUAUCGGGUUGCUUACAGUUGUUGCAAUUGAUCGUUACCUGACAAUCUGCAGGCCUGAUAUAGGAAGAAGAAUGACUACCCACAACUAUACUUCCCUGAUCCUAGCUGCCUGGAUAAAUGCUGUCUUUUGGGCCUUGAUGCCUAUUGUUGGGUGGGCUAGCUAUGCCCCAGAUCCAACAGGAGCCACCUGCACAAUAAACUGGCGGAAAAAUGAUGCGUUCUUUGUUUCGUAUACGAUGACUGUAAUUGCUGUUAAUUUUGUUGUGCCCUUAACAGUCAUGUUUUACUGUUACUACAAUGUUUCCCGCACAAUGAAGCAGUACACUACCAGUAACUGCCUGGAGAGCAUCAACAUAGACUGGUCUGAUCAAGUAGAUGUAACAAAGAUGUCUGUUGUGAUGAUUGUGAUGUUUCUGGUGGCUUGGUCUCCAUAUUCCAUUGUAUGCUUAUGGUCUUCCUUUGGAGACCCAAAGAAGAUUUCCCCUGCAAUGGCCAUCAUAGCACCUCUAUUUGCAAAAUCUUCCACAUUCUAUAACCCCUGUAUUUAUGUCAUUGCAAACAAAAAGUUCCGGAGAGCAAUCCUGGCAAUGGUUCGAUGUCAAACUCGGCAAGAGAUCACUAUUAAUAACGCUUUACCAAUGAGGGUCUCUCAAAGCACGCUAACAUAAUGAGGCUGCUCAAAAGCACUGCUACUUUAUUUAUCCUACAGUAUAUGUUUUGUACACUACAUUGAAAUAAGUAGUCAAACCUGGGCCACAAUUAAAUUUGUAUCACACUGUAAUAAUCCAGUCCAACAAGCCAGUUGUUUUUCUCAUUGUCUCAAUAAUAUUUAAUACAGUUUUUUUUAAAAUGCCAAGAUUUUAGUACUGAAGACUAGGUCAAUUGGCAUAAUAUGCUUAUCCCCUCUCAAAAGGUGAUCAUGAAUGCUCAGCGUGUUUUGUAACUCUUGGAUAAUGGGAUAAAAUGGUGUGGGAGGGAGAAUAAAGCAGGACAUGCUUAAUUGUGCUACAGUAACAGAAAUAAAUUUUGUGUACGUAUAAUUCUUUUGGUAUGUGUAAUUUCCCCCUUUGAACUCUAAACCAGUUCUCAAAACUUCAUGCAUAGUACUACUGUAUCCUGCAUUUCCCUCAAUGUCUUAAAUGCACAGAUUGAUCUGAUCUGAAAAGUUUGCUUCUGCGAGUACUGUAGUAUGCAGGCGUAUUUAAACUCCAGUGUUGCCAACUCUCUUUUUAUUAUCAGUUUUGUGAUAUUUUGGUGGUUUUCUGGCUCCUGGAGCCAAGUGAUUAUGUGAGAAUCUCAGGUUUCAUUUUUAAAAUAGUAAGAUUCUAACCUUUGUGCCUGAAGAGAAAAAUCUUGAAACUGUGACCCAAGCACGUUAAAAGUUUAAACCAAAAGGCAAGUAAAAACCCCCCAAAUUUAUUAUUUUAAGGUAAUCUCAUGAUUUUUGAGGCCUGACUCAUGGUUUUUGAAUGCUUAGCGCUGGCCAUCUUGGGAAUCAGUUUAUUCAAGGUUGACGGGAUGAAUAUCUUUUCAAAGAUUCAAUUGCAGGUGGUAGAUAACUUGAUAUUGGUAUUUCCGAUGUUUGGAGAAUAAAUAUCUUGUCUGCUGGUAAUAUAAAAUAUGAACAACACUCAGGCAGAUCUUAACUAAAACAGCUUCAUCUAACUGCAACUACUUACCAUAUUGAGUUCACUUCCUAUUAGCCAGUUCCUGUGUCUUUUUUAAAGUGAUACAGACCCUUUUGGAAUGCUGGAUGUUGAACUCUUUACUUUGCAUUAACAAUAAAAUAAAGAGAGAGAAUAUAGUUUGUUCUGAAAUCCGCUAAUCUGUUCUAAAAAGCAAACAUUCUAAUGCUUCAAGGAAGAACAAAGAACACACAUUUUAAAGCACAAUCUAAGGGGAUUUCACUUCACAUGAUUUUUUUGGUGCUAUCAACUGAUAAUCAAUAGAUGGCACCAACAAUUAGUUUAUUUUUGACUGUUUUAUUAACAUUUAAGUUUUAUAUGAAGU